AUGAAACAUCAUUUAAUUAUGUGUUCUUAUACAUGUGAAUAUGUUUAUGGAGAUGGACUUGUGAAGAGUAUUCCUGAUUUGAAAGAUAUCACUGUGUAUCCACUUCCAGAGAACAUUUUCACGUAUGAUACUAUUUUAAUGAAAGGAAAUAACAGCGGGAAUACCAUAAACUUAACAUGUUGUGUCGAUAAAGAAAAUAAUGGAUACAGUGUUUUCCUAAAUACAUCAGCUCAUCCCUAUUUAAUUGAAGGGCAUCAAGAUCCAGCCAACAAGUUAUGCUAUAUAUUUAACUACCAUGUUGAAAAUGAACUGGGAGAAACCGCGACAUGCAUUGUUAAAAACCAGCUGAACAGGUCUUUGACUUCCGUCCUGAAAAUAUCUUAUAUUGAUGAAAACAGAGUGAAGUGUAAUAGUCCCCCGUAUGGAGUGGGAGAGGAAGGUACUAUUUCCACAAUAACUUGCGCUCCUGAUGAAGCUGGGAAUAUCAUUGCCAUCUGCAGAAAUAAUACAUGGACUAAAAUAAAGGAAAAAUGCAAAAACAAAAACCUCAUAAUGUUGCUUGACAAUGUGAAGAAUAUCAAUAACAACAAUACCCCUGAACCUAUUGAUAUCGCUCUGCCAAAAGCAGUAGAGGAACUUGUCAAUUUCUCAGUGGAUGGGACCACAAAUAUAAUCUCACCGGGAAAUCUGGAAACCACAAUUGAGAUACUGGAACAAUUUGCCAACUCACAGAUAUCAAGUGUAAACUCCAGCACAAUGAAGAAUUUCCUGACAAUUGCAGAUUUGUUACUGGAAGAUACAAACCACACAAACCAAGCAAACUGGACAGAGGCAAACUCUUAUGAUGGGAGCUCCCGACUCCUGCAGUCAUUGGAAAAUUUUGCCAAAAAAUAUAAACCUCAAAAGUAUGGAAGCUAUAAUAUCUCAACAAAUAAUAUUGAGUUGCAAGGAGUAAUGCUAAAUACUUCUAAUGAAAUACCCACUUUUGAAAAAACAUUUUUCCAAAAUAAUACAGUACGCAUAUCAAAAAUAAGAAGCAAUUCUGUUAAUGGAGACAUUCUGAUUGUAAGCAUUGGUAUUAAAAAGCUUGCAAGUCUACUGCCACUAAAUAUAAGCAAUGAUGCAAAAAAUACAAAUAAUUUUUCAGUCAAUGGGAUUUUAAUAAGCACAACAGUGAAUGAAGGCAUUACCAUUGAGAGCAUAAGUAAUUCUUUUCAGAAGAAUAACGCAACACUGAAUGAUGUAAAUUGUGUAUUUUGGAAUUUUACUAAUCUUGUAUGGAAGAGUGAUGACUGUUUACCAGAACAAGGAAGUACUGGAGACAUUAUUAACUGCACCUGUAAACAUUUAACUUCAUUCUCUAUUUUGAUGUCGUACAAACCCAUUGGUGACAUUAUGGUUUUAAACUGGAUUACCUAUAUUGGCCUUGGCGUAUCAAUUGGAAGUUUAUUGCUUUGCAUUUUUAUUGAAAAGCUGGUAUGGAAAGUGGUAACCAAAAACAAAACAUCAUACAUUCGCCAUGUUUCCAUUGUGAAUAUUGCCAUAUCUCUUCUAAUUGCAGACAUCUGGUUUAUUAUAGGAAUAGCAAUUCAAGAUGGAAAGAACAUUGUUGACAGGAAUGAUGCUGCAUGCAAUACUGCAACAUUUUUCAUUCACUUCUUUUACCUCGCAUUGUUUUUCUGGAUGUUUGUUCUGGGUCUGUUCCUUUUUUAUCGUUUAAUCCUAGUUUUUCAUGACAUAAGCAGAACUGCCAUGGUUAUCAUUGCAUUUUCCUUGGGUUAUGGUAGUCCUUUCAUAAUAGCAAUCAUAACCAUUGCUGUAACAUUACCACACAGGUAUAAACAGACAGAUGCCUGCUGGCUGAACUGGCAUGACUCCAAAGCUCUGCUUGCUUUUGUUAUACCUGCACUGGUCAUCAUUGCUGCCAAUUUUAUAUUUUUGUUAGUUGUUGUAAUAAAGAUUAUGAGGCCUGCUGUUGGAGAAAGACCAAGACAAGAUGAAAAGAACACCAUGGUCCAGAUUAUAAGGAGUGUUGCCAUACUGACACCAUUAUUAGGCAUCACAUGGGCAUUUGGUGUAGCAACAAUUGUGGGAGGUGACCAGCUUGCCUUCCAUGUAAUAUUUACAAUUCUCAAUGCCUUUCAGGGCUUAUUUAUCUUGAUCUUUGCAACCUUGUUAGAUUCUAAGGUCAGACAAGCAUUAAAGCAAAAAAGAUUACUAUCUAUGCUGACAACAAAAUCCACAAAGACAACAACCUCUCAACCUUCUUCUGGUCCACUAUCAAGAGCUGUUGACAAUGUGUUUAAUAGAAAAGGACAAUCACAUGGAGUAUCAGAUGGAAUUCAUUCUUCAAGCAACGUAUCUUCAAGGGCAUAUUCAGUCCUUUCUUAGUGGACUACUUAAAAAUCUGACAGUACAUGCAAACAGUUCUGAUUACAUGCUAUUAUUAUUUUAAGGGAAGGGGGUUAUAUUUAAAAUGAAAAGUUAGAGACCCUUGUCUGAAUAUAAAAACAGAACAAGAUCUGAGUGUAGGUGACUGCCUGUUAUCAUAUGACUUAUCAUAAUUACGCAUACGAUGGCCAUCAUUAUUUUGGCUUAACAGUGGCUUUCAACUAGACAUUUGGAUUAAGCUGACAUAGACUGAAUGCCUGAUUUUUUUUUUUUUUUUGUGGCCAGGAUUCUUUCUUCAGUGAUGGGUUUUAUUUCCUUGUGUCAUUUAAUCUCUUUUUUUCUUUUGCUUCAUGAAAAUGUGUUUCUGUUUGCAAAUGUUAACUCUCCUAAGAGAUAGAAAUUAUGUUUGACUGACUUUCUAAUUAGUGGAAUACCUGAAUCAUACAAAAUUGCAUUGGUAGUAAAAUGAAAGAUAUAGUUCCACAGUUGCACCUUACUGCCUUCUUACAUUCUUACAUUCAUCCACCUUGUCAAAAAAAUAUAAUGUUCUUACAUAUCACUAUUUUCACUGCAUAGCUAUGCUUACUGAAAAAGUAUACAGCACAAGUGAACUCCAUUUCCCCAAAUGACAGCCCUGUUACAUAUCACAACCAUUUUUUUGUUCCCUUUCAAAAACAUCAGGGUUGCAGCUGUAGUCGCUUUCAAGUGAUUUUUAUAAAGCUUUAAGACUAUCCCCUCUCCAAGAUAUUACUACAUUUAUUUAUUAUUAAUUUAAGUUUGUUAACUGGGCUGAAAUCCUGAUACAUGACCAUUUUCAAUCACUACCCAAACAAUGAUAGAAUGUAACAAGGUAAAUUAAAAGAAGCGGAUAAUGAAAACAAUCACUAGAAUAAAUAUAAAUACAUUGAGUAACCUAUGCAUAACAUUAGGCAUUAGUUGUUCAUACAUUUGUGUCCAAGAUGUAAGUUGAAAAUAUCAGCACUGGUAAGGUGGUUUAAGGAUAUACCCAUAGAAGGUGAAUUGGAGUUAAUCUAAUAUUCCUAACACAAAAAACGUGGAACUUAGACAUGAUAUGAUACCUUUUAUUGGACCAACAUAGGUUUUGCAAUUACCCAAGCUUUCAAACUGAUUUAAGGCCUUUGCCAGGAGAUAUUUGACAUUUUCUUUGUGUUUUCUGCUAGUAGGCCAAAGUGCCAUCUCUUUAUUUUUUUCCUCCUAACAUUCCUGGUAUACUAUUCAUCACCUGCACUGUAUGAGUACUGAUAAACCUCAUAUGUCUUUUUCUAUUUCAGACAAAUAUCUUCUUUUAUAUUUUGUCAUCUCUUUCUGUGACAAAAACAUUAGGAACUGAACAAUAUCUUAAAUUGUGAUUCAACACAGUGCUCUUCACUGAAAAACAUGCCCUUAUACCUCAGAAAAGGCUGUUUUGUUUUAAAAAGACCCUUCCCACUAGCAAUCACCAUACACUGAGAAUAUGUUUCUUUCAGUGUAUUGCUGAGUUGGGAAAGAGUAUAAAAAAACUGAAGAUGUAAGAGUGACAUGUCCUUUCUUAUUUAUGAAGUGUAACACGCUUUGUCUACUGCAGGGAAGGAGGAAAAAAACAGGAUUUGUGUGUUAUAUCUGCACUUACUGUAAUUUCCCAAAUAACUGCAGUUUCAGCAACAUUUCCUUAAUAAAGUACAAUUCAAUGAGUUACACGUUUGGAAAACUGUCAGUCUGGUUUGGUAGACAAGUACUGAUUAUUUGCAGUAUCAUUGCUAGGUUUUAUGGACACAAAUUAGUUGCCUCUUUUUCACAGUUGUGCAGGCAUGGGGUUAGUUUUAUCAAGUAAUGCCAACACUGGUGGGUUUUGUGGAGAUAGCUUGUCAGUCUAUAAACAUCAUCUCAUUCCUCCUGCCAUACUCUGAUAUGGCAACUUUGUUUCAUUUAGUGUGUUACCAUCAGGUUAUGCAUUGACUUCUCACAGUGGGCAUGUUUAUUUUCAUUACAAGCAUUAACAUACUUAAAUUGCAUUUUUGUAGUGAAAACUGUGACAGAGUAUGGCUAGAGGCUUUAUAUACUUAAUGGUCCUUUUGUGAUGGUAGAGAAAGUAUUGACAGAACAUGCCUAAAGUGAGCUAUACAUUAAGCUGGCAAUAUUGCAUUUGACUGCUGCAAGAUGUUCAAUUUACUGUCAUACAAACUUGGACAGACAAAAUAAUUUUACCUAGGGAGCUUUUGGAAACAAUCUAUAUUGUCAUAUAUAAAAUUAACAAAUAUGCUUUUUGAAAUACUGUAAUUCUGGGGUUCUGUGAUAUAAAUGUAAAUUUCAUGUUGGUGUUUGUGCUAUAAUUACUAUAUGCAGUAAUUAUUGUACCUUAUUGUAACUAUGUUGUUC